UUCCCUCAAAGAGGAGUUCAGCCUCAGGGAUUUUUUUCCCAAGACACACAGAGACACACUCCUACGGGAAAUAUGAAAGACACCUUCAGGCUGUCAAAGUACUUUUAUUUAACCCCUUUGUAGCCAUCUGUUCCUCAGGAAGAGCAGUUAUGUCUACCUUCGCUUUAGCACACAGAAGCCAUAUAGGAUGCAGGGUCCUGCAGUGCAUUCCAUGGAGAAACAAGAUGACAAAUACAAUGAUCUGGACACUACAGAUGGUUUAUAUAUGCUCCCUAAAUGGGAGUCACUUGGGGGCUCACCUCUGACAGAGACCAGUCAAUCCUCUCCCAUUGAAAGUCUUUAUCUCCUCCAAGAAUGCCCUAAAUAAAAAGAUUGGAGGGGAUUUUCAGAAUCCCAGAGCCUCAAUGCAUUCUCUCUCUGUAGGACAUAGCUCCUAUCUUUUGAUUUGUGUUCUACAAUUUAGUGUAUUAGUCAAUGCUAAUUUCCACUUUCUCACAUGAUGCUGCACAAGGUAGGCUCAGUCAGAUUAGCAACCCCAUGUCUGAUGGGCCAUCUGGUGGAGAGAUGAAAUCUAGGCAUCCAUUGGUCUGCCAAGUUCCGGAUCCUUUUCUAGUGAAAGUGAACACACUAUUCGGGAUCCAGGACAUCCCAGAUCAGAGCACUAAAAUGCAGCAGAUCAGAGGAGAUAAGUCCUUUGUAUCUAGAAACUUGAUUCCUAAAAGAAUUAAUCUAAUUUCCAUUCCUGUCCUUUUUAGAAGAUGCAGGAAAGGAUUUCAAAGCUGCCUUUUUCACAAGCCUAGUAAAAUUCUGCUUCCGGAGUAAAGUGAACGAAUCCUAUAUUUGGAGUGCAAAGUGAUCCAGUAAUGAUCCCAUAGUUUCUCCAUUUCAGGUUCCUACAUGCCACUGCACCACUGAUCAGAGAUUUUUGGUAGCAGGGCCUGUUCAGCUCAUGCAUGCACUCUCCACACCCUCGUGGCCUGUAGCAAGGAUAUAUAGGGCCUCACAGGCUAACCACCCUCAGUUCCUUGUCAACUCUGCCUGCUUCUACCUAGUGUUGUUAAAUAGUUACUUUUUACUUCUUUGUGUUUGUUCGCGUUCCUGCCAGGAAUCUAUCCCAAUUAGUAACAGACACAAUGUCUGGACUGUUUGGGGGAGAUCCAUAUUCCCUUAAAAUGUACAAUACGUACUUCAUUUAAAAACAGAUCUUAUAAGAUGAUGAAGUUCAGGCUCCCACAAUGGAACAAGCCUUUAAACUAGCUUCAGACCAGGGCUCUGGAAACUCCCAUGUACGAAGUUGCCCAUCUGUCCUCAGAUCACAGUCUCCCAGAGUUUCAAGGGGUAAGACUGCCAAUACCCCAUCUACCACUAGAUGCGAGAUACCAAGAGUUUCAAGAAUUAAGGCUUUUGACAGCCUGAUUAUCUCAGGACCUUGGUCACUGAGGAUUGGCAGGAAAAAGAUGGUGCUGCCACUUUGCAAUCCCAGUCACCAAAGCAUUCAGAGAGGGAUGAACAUCUGUGCCUUAUGUGAUACUGAGAGCCUCACACUCCAGCGUGAUGGGUACCAAUAAAAAAAGCAGGAGGAUUAAAUCUUCUUCAAAGAAACUUCAAAUGCCCAGUGAUGGAAGAGGAGAGAAAGAUUACUGACACAGCCCUGUCACUGCUGCUGAUUCUUUCUCUGGGGUAUUUAUAUAUGUUGCAGGCUGGGGGUGAGAAGGAGGAGGUGGAAGCAGUUGGCUCACUGUGACCUUGGCGUUACUAAGACUGACUGACAUUCCUGUGAAGCCAUGUGACCAGGACUGGCAGGCACAGCUGUAGCCAAUAGGGAGGGGAUGCCCAGGAGUGGCCAUUCCGAUUGAAUUUCACUCUAGCCAGUUGGGAUUUUUUCCCCCCUCUCUCUGUUGCACUUUUCUUCUUUCCUUCCUCUUUCUUUGUGAGGUUGGGCUGCAGACUGUUCUGAUGGGGUCUCAGUACAUGAGAUGUUUACCUAGUAGAUUUCAGAUUCUGCCUUAAAGAUUUUACUGCCCUCUACUCACCAUCUCCUGCUGACAUUCCUGCAUCCUGAAGCGUCUGAGGGUCUUAUGGCCCAACUCUCUAGAACAUGAAAUCCACCCUCCUGCUUUAGGACAUUUUCUGUGUUCUCUCUGACUUCUUGCUGCUGAUGUCUCAAAAGGUUAGUAUAUGAGGCUUUUUGAUGCAAAGGAGAUGGGCCAGGACCAGACCAAGCAGCAGAUAGAGAAAGGACUUCAGCUUUACCAGUCUAACCAGACAGAAAAAGCCCUGCAAGUCUGGAUGAGGGUUUUGGAAAAGACCACGGAUCCUGCUGGCAGGUUUCGGGUUUUGGGCUGCCUCAUCACUGCUCACUCGGAGAUGGGCAGAUACAAGGAUAUGCUAAAGUUUGCAGUUGUGCAGAUUGACACAGCUCGGGAGCUAGAGGACCCUGACUAUCUUAUGGAGAGCUACCUGAACCUGGCUCGGAGCAAUGAGAAACUCUGUGAAUUCCAGAAAACCAUCUCUUACUGUAAGACGUGCUUGAACAUGCAAGGCACCACUGUGAGCUUGCAACUGAAUGGCCAGGUGAGCCUCAGUAUGGGCAAUGCUUUCCUGGGCCUCAGCAUCUUUCAGAAGGCACUAGAGUGUUUUGAGAAAGCCCUGCGCUAUGCACACAACAAUGAUGACAAGAUGCUGGAAUGUCGUGUCUGCUGCAGCUUGGGGAGUUUCUACACUCUGAUCAAGGACUAUGAGAAAGCUCUUUUCUUCCCGUGUAAAGCAGCUGAAUUGGUGAAUGAUUAUGGAAAAGGCUGGAGUUUGAAGUACCGGGCAAUGAGCCAAUACCACAUGGCAGUGGCCUAUCGGAAGCUGGGACACCUGGCAGAUGCUAUGGAAUGCUGUGAGGAGUCAAUGAAGAUUGCCCUGCAGCAUGGGGACCGGCCACUGCAGGCACUGUGCCUUCUCUGCUUUGCUGAUAUCCACCGCAGCCGAGCAGACAUACAGACAGCCUUUCCUCGGUAUGAUUCCUCCAUGAGCAUCAUGACAGAGAUUGGAAACCGCCUGGGACAAAUCCAGGUACUGCUGGGAGUGGCCAAGUGCUGGGUGAUCCAGAAGGAGCUAGACAAGGCACUGGAAGGCAUUGAGAAGGCUCAAGAGCUGGCAGAGGGACUGGGGAACAAGCUUGGACUGCUGAAGCUUCACUGCCUGUGUGAAGGGAUCUAUCGCACAAAGGGACAGCAACGGGAACUUCGUGACCAUGUGGUGAAGUUCCACGAGUGUGUAGAGGAAAUGGAGCUGUACUGCGGCAUGUGUGGAGAGUCCAUUGGGGAGAAGAACAACCAGCUCCAGGCGCUGCCUUGCUCACAUUUCUUCCACUUAAAAUGCCUCCAGACCAAUGGGACGCGUGGCUGCCCAAACUGCCGCCGUUCAUCAAUGAAACCGGGAUUCGUGUGACCUGCUAAAUCAGUCAUUUUGAGAGAGCUCAUUAUUCUGACAACAGAGGCUAGAAGACAGAACCCUGGAAUACCAGUGAGCACUCAGCCUGGAAGGAUCCUACUUUGCAGAUGGAGAUAUCUCCUGCACAGGAUGCAACAAGUGCAUAUUGAUCUUACUCUAACCUGACAGUUUACACGUACCUGUGUUCUGACUUAGCUGUCAUUCUGGAAUCCCUGUGGAACCACUUCUCUAGAGCCAGUUUUUAAACCCUUAUCACCACUUCUGUUCUAGGUCUUGCCUGCCCCGUCUAGUGUGAGCUCCC